CCGAUAAUUACUUAAGCUUCAUCAUAUGUUUGAAAAAAUUGUGACUUUAAUAUUUAAUAAAUUUUUAUCAAAGUAUAUUCAUAACCUUGAAAAAAAGAACCUAAAAAUUGGAAUAUUAGAGACUCAUGUCAAGUUGCGCAAUCUUGAAAUCAAAUCCGAUGCUCUGUAUGACCUUGGCAUUCCGAUUACUAUAAAAACAGGAUAUAUAGGGUCGAUUGUGUUAGAUUUAAAAUGGAGUCGUAACCAAUUAUUGGUAAUUUGUAUCGAUGAUAUAUUUCUGCAGUUGGAGCCUCUUUACCAAGGCCCUUUUAACCUAGAGAAGGAGAACAAAUUUUUGAAAGCCUUCAAAUUGAAAUGUCUAGCAAACGUGGAUCGAUAUUUUGUGACCGAAGAGUCGGAGGAAAAUGAGAAACGCACAAACCAAGAUAUAGAAACGAAUAACAUAGUGGAUCGAUUUUUGAUAAAGCUUUUUAAAAAUAUCAAGAUAAAUAUCAACAAUAUCCAUAUCAAUUACGAGGAUAUAUUAAGCCUGCCAGAUUACAAUUUAUCCCUGGGAAUAUUGGGCGAAAGUUUUAUUCUCGAAAAUUCGACAUCGGUUUGGUACAUCGAUAAAAAGCCGAAAGACAAGCACACCAAAUACAAAAUCGGUAAAAUAAAGUCGAUUUUUGUGUACUGGAACGUGAUGGAGAAACGACACUCGCGACGCGAUAUAUUCGAUAAAAUAAGUCAAGUGUUAUCGUGGCGUAAGUGGAUGAAAGAUACCUUACAUUUUGCUCUCAAUUCCUCCUCCCCCAAAAAUCCCACCAUUAAUGAUGAUUCUACUCAAAAUUCCAAUACCCCUUCCACUCAUCGCAAAAUGCAAUUCGUAGUACAAAAUUUUAACUUUAAUCUCCUGCUGGCGCUAAACAAAAGGAACUCGCUGAGCUACGAAAACGAUCUCACUUUAGAUCACAUACCAAAGACUAAUGACUUGGAACCUAAAAUAACCUUAGAAAUCAAUUUUGAUCCUGUCACUAUAAAAAUAACCCAAGAACAAGCGAUAUCAUUGCGAUACCUGUGCGGUUUAUAUGCCCGCAUGUUAGUGAACCUACCGUAUCGCAAGUAUUACCCCAUAAAUGGAUCCUUUACUAAACCUUUUAUUAAAUGGAGAUAUGUGAUCAAAGUUGUGCUCGAAGAAAAAAUCAGGCCGUAUUCUUGGGAAUAUAUAAAACAUUACAGGUUUAAAUAUCGCCGUUAUAAAUCGCUGAUGUACCGAAUGUAUCAUAUAAGCCAUAGUACCUGGGAAAAACUAGAAGUUCAAGACUUGGAAACUGCUCUGAAUGUCACAUCCAUAUUAUUGGCUAGGGAAGAAGCUAAAAUUGAUUAUGCUUCAAAGUUUCCUACCAGUGAAAAGCUCAAAUCUUGCUACCUCUGUCGGGAAUGGUGGUACACCUUUCCAUUCAACCAUUUAUAUCCUAAUAAUUCAUUUCAAUCCAACACCUUGCUAUUAACCCUAGAACCCAAAGGUCCUAACAUACAUUAUUCGGAAGAGGACUGUUUUUUCCCUCUUUUCAAUCUUUCCAAGCAAGACCUAGUCGAUAUUUAUAGAUUUUUGCUAGGAACAACCGAUGCCACCAAUUAUUAUUCCUCUAGUUUUUCUUCAGUCAAGAGACCCAAAAAUUAUGGUUUAGUUGAAAUUGUGAACGAGCAAACGAGUCAUGGUUCGGCUAUAGGAUUCGGACCUUGUCAAUCUAUCGUUUUAAAUCGGAACUGCGACCAUCACCUUGCCAUUCAUUUCCCUUACAUUAGAAUUAUUUAUUCCUUCGUAUCGCAUAAUGGAACUGAGAAUUCGCUCCUUUUUAAUAUAGUACAGUUCAACCUGGAGUUCAGUCACCGAUGGCAAAAUCACGCCCUAGUUCUUGACCUCACCUUAAGGACUAUGAACUUGCAGUUGAAAGUUAAGGAGGGAACUCAGAUUUUCCAAAUCAUCCACCCCAAACAUAAAGUCGCGAUAGACCCUCCUUCCAAUAAUAUAUUCGCUUUGCAAUUAGAAACCUUUCCUGUGUACGACGGCAGGCUUCUUUUCACUCUUUAUGUUUUACUCGAACCUCUCGAUGUUUAUGUUAAUCAAGAGGUAUUGGAUAUAUUUUCGGGCCUCUUAAUCCAGGGAAGAAAGAAGGAAAAGCAUAUCAUCAACACGCUUUUAAAGUUACUUCUAAUGGCUACAAAAAUCUGCUACAACGCCUUGUCCAAAACUUACAGGUCUCGCUAUUCCAUCAUGCUGAAAGGAGACAUAAAUCUUCCUCAUGCUAAUUUAGAAUUCCUUCGCAAUGAACGGGAAAAUGAUAUGAAUUUGAUCGUUAAUAUGGGCCGAAUAAAAUUAGAUACUCAUCUUCCAUCCAACAAUGACAUUGGUAAUAUUGACAAAUAUUACCGUGAUCUAAUCGACGAAGAUACUACUAACAAUGAGAAAAACUUGUACGAAACGUUGUACAUUAAAUUUCAAGACUUUAAGUUUUCAUAUCGAAUCCUGCCUCUGACCGAAGAUUGGUUCCAUAUUUUUCCGAAUUGCCUAGAUUUUUCCGUUAAAAUCAACAAUCUAUUAGAAACUUUGUUUUCCACCAAAAUUCCUAAAGUCAAAAUGGAAACCUCAAUAUUGCCAUUUAAUAUCCAUAUAUCCAACACGAUGAUUAAAUAUAUUUUAUCGCUAAUCGAAGUGGAAUAUGUUAGUAAUUUAUUUUAUUAUCUACUCCAUUUAUUGGCACUCAAUUUCGAUAAAUCACCAAAAGAUAUAUUAGACGUCAUAUACAUCGAUUUGUUUCCUCAGAGUCUUACCAAUUAUUAUCAACCAACCAGGAAUUAUUUAUCGGAAAAAUGCUCAUGUCACCACGACCUUAAAAACAGCAACAAAAAAAUUACCAAUGAUGUCAUCGAUUAUUUGAAGGUCAACAGGGGAAAACGAGACAUGAAUGACGAUAUACUAACGGAAGUAUUGCGGGACUACGAAAAAGUUCACGAUUUUUUACGUAGUUUGGCUUCUUACUAUACCUUCACUGUUGUAUUCAAAGAAAUUAGCCUCAAAUAUCUUAUUGAUUCUUUCCAUAACGAACACCCGGCUAACAAAGAUCUAAUCAUUAUACGAGAACACCAACCCCAAAAUUUUAUUUCUGCCUACACCAUAAAUAUGCGAAACCUCGAAUUUAUAUCAAAAUCGCUGGCUUAUACCUUCGAAUAUUACCAUUUACUCCAAUUCGACCUUCAAUCGUUGAGCGUAGUCGAUGAGAUUACACCUCUUUUGAAAAAUGCCAUCAACGUAUUCACAUCGUCGCCUUUCUCCCUUGAGCAAAAAUUAAUUUUAUUUGAAUCUCAUUCUACUAAACCAUUUAUGUCUGCCAUAUUAAUGUUCAAAGAGAAAGAACUCUCAUCCGAGUUGAUAAACACUCCGUCCUUGAAAUACUUGUGCGAUGGUUAUUCACGAUCAUCCCUACCGUUGAAAUGCGAUAAAUAUUACUAUCGCAUUAUUAACAACAUAAAAAGUUUACAAAAUAUGGCUCAUUUUCACGUCAAUUCUUUACAAUUACGUAUCUCGGAGAUGAGCGUUAUCAACCUAUGCAGGGUAUUGAAGAUAUCUUCUACUGAAUAUAUCAAAACACCUUCGAAAUCAGCCCAUUUGCGUGUGAACCACCAUGCCCCUAUCAAAGCCUGCUAUAGAACACUCACGACCGAAUUUCGGGAGCGAUUUGAUUCGUUUACCCUCUUAGUAAACGUUAAAAAAUUUAGGGCGGACUUUAUGAAGGAAAAUGAGUUUCAUUCGCAUACCAUAACCCAUUGUAAAAAUCACAAUAUAUUGACUAAAUUUAUUUACACCUUCGAUGCUUCUAAUUUUGAAUUUUGUUUGACUGCAUUUUUAAACCCUUUACUAUAUGACUUAACCAAUAACGUGAAACGUCACACCGCGUCCUUGCCUUACAUACAUAAUCAGUUUAAACGAACCAUUAAACUCGCUAACAUAUUAUCGCGUAUACUUUUUAAGAUAGGCCUGCAAAGGUUUAAAAUUUUUACUAAGGAUCUUAAUACUUUCGAUAAAGGUCCCCUACGCGAAAUAAUUAUAUUUGAUACCUGGACCUUCUCUCCCCCUAUCUAUCUUGUUAACAUAUUUUACGAUUCUAAGAGCAAAAACUUUAUUAACAACUUCGGCAGUUUUGAAUUUUUACUGAACCCUGAUUUGUAUCAGUCGUUUAUAUAUUUUUGCGAAGACAAUUACAUAAGGGCUCUCAUGCUUUUAAUAUUAGGUGUUAGUGGCAGAUACUGCGGCAUACUCCUCAACGUCUUGAUAUUAGAUUUCGAUAUCUCUCAGGUUUUUAAUUUCACCAUUCAACGCGGCAUGUUGAUUUUUCUCUCCCAAGAUACUUUUCUUGACCAAUCACAGGCCCUUGAGAUAUAUUGGCACAAAGUUUAUUGCAUGGAUCUCCAACAUUCAAUCGAACAAAUUCAUUAUCUGGAUUUAGCAAAUUUUUCUAAGGCCUCAUCGAAAUCGAGCAUUUUAAAAAUAGACGAACUCGCCGUUAAAACCGCCACGUAUCAAGAUUAUGCGUUUAAAAAUUAUAAUUUGAUAUCCACCUAUCUUUUUUUGGAAAUCCAAACUUUACCCGUAUAUCUUAAUUAUUUUGAAAUUGGUUCCACAGGGAAAGCGAAAGACGUUAUUUAUGCGAAAGUUUUCUUCACUUCGAUGGCUCUUAACAUUAAUAUCCGAUCCUUAAUGUUAUUGUUAAGGUUUAUAUCAUACCUCUUUAAUUUGACAGAUUAUUACAAAUCGGGCAAAUACUCAUCUCUCUACCUCAAAGCACCUAUUCCAUCUUUCCAUUUUACGAUAACCAAAAACAUAAAUCUCAAAGUCAUUUGCAAUCAGCUGCAAGGUUAUUUUUCUCGUCUUAACGAUCAAUCGCACUCAGAAAUGAUACACUUGGUAGAUUAUUUUAAGUUCGAGGUAAACACUUUAUCCCUUAACUACGACUUAUAUCGUGCGUCUUCACUUAUCGAACUAAAGUUUGAAUCUUUAGAUUUAUACAUUAAAAAUGACUCAAAUACCGUUCGCGAUGAUUUACGAUAUGCUAAACUAUUAAACAUCUCUUGUCCCAACAAUAAAAAAGCUCAUUCAUUUCAAACAAGAGUUACACACGUAGGUGGAAAGAUUAUAUUGAAAGCUACUGUUAACGUUGUCGCGUUUAAAGUAACACCGGCCUCAGUGAGAACAUUGAAAAAGUUGUUGCCAUGUUUAUUGAACGAUGCCUUUAGUUUAAAUCUAAUCGAUGAGUUUUCUCAUGUUAUUCUAUUUUUGACAGGAGUGUUGAAACACGUCACAGCCGAUUUUUUUCUAAAUCUUUGUAACCAAAUAUCGAUAUAUUAUGGAGAAAAUAACGACGGGAAACGGUUUACAUUAGGCAAUUCUGUAAUCUUACUUUUUCAUUGGCCACUCGCAAAGAGUUGCGGCUUGAGAUUUGAUAUCUUAGACAUAUAUUUAUUAUGCUCAAGUUUGGACUCUUCUUCUGGCCACGACGAUAGACGGAUAGUGGUGCACCCCUUUUCCUUGAAAUUAGGUAUUUUUGGGAGCAGUGUAUCAUUCAUAAAAAAAAUUAUCAUAUCCCAGCUGUGCGUUCAUAUAUUUCCCGAUAUUUUUAAAGGUUUUUUCACAAUGUACCAUGAUUAUAGCUUCCUAUUUUUCGAAGGAAAAAAUGAACAAUUAUGGUGUAACAAUUUCUCACGGGAAUUUCCUUUCGAUUCUCUGUACCAAUGUAUGGACAUGAGCGCAAUGUCAAUCGCGGGUUUACAAAAAUACGACGCGCAUGAUAAUAAUGAAAACCUGAUCAAAAUUAUGAAUGGAAUACGAACAUAUUUUUUUACCCUUCCGAUUAAAUCUUUCGAAGUUAAACUAGAUAUAAAUAAUAUGAACUUUUUUUUGGAAGACGGUAGCUCUUAUCCAUUGCCUUACAUAGCCAUCAAAUCUACUCUCAAAUCGUAUUUGACUUUUGACGAAAAAUUUAUAAUUUCCUUCAACUUGAAUUUAAAAUCUUUUAGCCUAAAUAUAAACGACACGUCUUGGCAGCCUUUUAUAGAACCCAACUCGGAAGAUUUGCAGCCCGGUGUAUUUUGGAACGUGUAUGGGUUUAUGAUCAUUGAUUGUUACGGUAUAUUUGUAAAUAAUCAAUACCCUUAUGGGGACGUUCCACAAAAUGAAGAUUUAAUCGAUAUUUGGUAUUUUAGAAAAUUAAUUAGCGAUUUAAAAGCUAAAUUCUUGACAGGGAACUCAAAAGGGAAUCAGGUUUUACCAGACCCCCGGGUUAUAAAGAACAAAAUUACCCUUAUAGUAUGUAUCGAUAAUCAAGCCAGUAUAAACGUGACACUUGACCUUAUUGUUAUUUUGAAUCAAAUGAUACAAAAUAUUUUGAACCCCUGGCCUUCAAUUCCUUCCAUAAUCCUAAAGAAUAACUCGGGACUAAAGAUAGGCAAAAUAAGUCCUUUCAAGAUUUUAAAGGAAGGCAUCGAACACAUGGCUGAUUCUUCUGUCUAUCAUUUAGAACCCAUUUAUCUUUUAAGCCAUAAUAACGAAGAUGCCAAUUUCCGUGAUAACUUUCAAAGCACCAUCUCAUCGACCAAUUGCUCUAUUCUCACAUGCGCCGUCAAAAAGAAUUCUAGAUUCCCCGGUGCCGUCUCGAACAAAAAUAUAAAGCCGGGUUUCAAUUUAUAUAUCUCGCUAGAAUCCGGAGCCGGGCAGCAUCCAUUAAACAUUCCUUUGCUAAAACUGAAUAGUUUAAUUCGAUACGAUAUUCCUGACGGUGAAGCGACUCGUGAUUAUAACUUAUACUCGUAUUCGCGCGUGCACAAAGGUAAAUAUAUCGUUACCCUUUUCUCAGGUCACAGACUAGUGAACGCCACUACAAAUCUGAAUCUUAAAAUAAUGGUAGUUACAAACCCAAAGUGUUUAAAAUCUCGUUUUCUAUUGAGAUAUGUGCACACGUUGAAACCAGGAAGUUCUUUCGAUAUACCUCUUUCACUGCUCAUCGAUGACGAAAAAUUGCUAGUAAAGCCGUUUUUUAGUAAGUGCCGGAGCGAUUUUACCUUGCUAUCAGUGGAUCGAUCUAUAUUACAGAAGGUGGUGAAGGAAGGCGGGCAAAUUUUCGAGUUCAAAAAUAGACUAAUCAAUUAUGAAGUAAGCGGCCUCACUCCUCUCUACCUUAAGCUGGAAAAAGAUCUCAUUUUGCCUGAUUACGAUUAUAAUUUUAUAAGCGAUAACCCUAUAGAGAGGUACGCGUUUAAAACGCCUCUUAUUAUAUACAAUUAUCUACCGUUGGAUAUAACCUUAUCAUUCUCACAACCAAAGUUAUUCAAAAUUAUCAAACCGACAGAAUAUAUUAUUCAGUCUCAAGGUCAACUUUCUAUUUAUGAAAUAGACCCCUUGACCCAAGAUUUAAGCCUUAAAGUAGGCGUAAAAGAUUAUCUUGGACAUGAUUGGGAGUUUAAUUUCACGCCGGGGUACGAACUAAAACAGGUUCCUUACAUAAUUAAUUUCUUUCCUACUACUGAUCACCAAUGCUCAUCCAAAUCCCUUUCCGUGAGAAUUAAAAAGAAUUCACCGCCGGUCCGUUCCUCUUAUUCUCUUCAUUUUUAUUCGCCCUGCUACUUAGCCAAUCACACCGAAAGCCCCAUAUUGCCUUAUAAGGAUGGCAAAAUUGUCUCUGAAAAUCAUGAUUAUCUAAAGAGUUACACUAAAUUUUUCUUGAUGGACGCUGACUUGAGCUUAAAGUUCGAUAAUUUUAGAUUAGCCUUGUUCCCUUAUUUCGCUCGAGACAGCGUGAUUUAUAAUUCUGACCCGUUUUCUUUGAUAAACACCGAAAACAAUUUUUCUCUCGAUUUUCACGCCGCUAAAACAGUUGAAGAAAUAGAAUCCUUACGAAUUCCCGAAUCUGUGCAAUUGUUCGUUUAUUUAGAAAGAACAAUCAACAUACCAUCUUAUAUCAUAGUGCAUAUUUAUCCCAAAUGCAUGAUUGAAAAUACUACAGAUUACGACUUAACACUAUUACCGUCCAGGGACAGUAGAAUUAUCUCCGGUAAAAGACUAGUUCAAUUUCCAGUCAUUGACUAUGAUGACAGUUUUUCUAUAAAAAUCGGGCCCAAUAAAUCCCACGCAUAUUUCCCUAAAGAUUCAAAGUGCAACACUUUAGUUUUGGUUAAAAUCAACGAUAACAGGAUCCCAAAGGCAAAUAUAUUGUUCAUAAAAACUGAAGAAUUCUUGGAAACUAUUCUGGUAAUUCCAACAUUUGAUAGCAAGGAGAUUUAUAUCUGUUUAAAAAGUUAUCCUUUCGAAUUCAAUCGCUUAAUUAAGUUUCAAAAAUUUUUUAACAAAGAUAUCCCUUUACUACUUAUCAACCUAUGUCCGCAUUUAAGCAUAAUAAUAAAACAAAAAAAUGCAAAAAAUGACAAUUCUCUCAUCUUAAACCCCAAUCAAUACAUGUAUUACGCGUGGGAGGAUAUGUCAUUAGAUAAAUCUUUAGUGUGGGAUCUUGUCAUUUCCAGAGAACAAUCAGACGAGCACACUUCACCGACUAUAAAUGUUGACGAAAAUCAGUCCUAUGGAAAUUGUCUAUUUCUUAAAUCCCCUUUCGCUCACCCAAGCAGCAAAACCACUUUCGCGACACAAAGUUCAACCUCGAAUCUACUUUGCAGCCACAACAACGAAGAAUUUAUUGAUGGAAUCGCUAACAUUAAUGAUGUGAACACAAACGAAAUAUCUAAUUCAUUUUACCAAAACUUGAGUCUAAAUGCCUUGGUUAUUCAUUAUUCCUUGAUAUUACCACAGGGAAAUGAUAUCCACAGCGAUGAUUUUAUAUACAAUAAAGUCUAUUGGGCCAGUUUUUCUAGCAGUUCUUCUCAAAAAAUUGUGCUAUUUACCGAUAAAAGCUCUCUGGCGAAAUAUUAUGGCACUAGCAGGAGAACUUUGUUGGUACCUUCCUUUGAAAUAACAUUGGUUCAAUUAAAAAAUUUAGGAAUAUCUGUCAUUGGCCCAUCAUCCGAAGAAUUAUCUUAUAUUACAAUAUUACCUAAUAUCAAAGAAAAUGCAAAAUGUUUUGAUGAAAAGGAGUUUUCUUAUGCAAUUAAUUUCUCUUACAACCGUAAAUGCUGUUUGCAAUGCAUUAUUAAUAAUUUACAGGUUGACAAUCAAAUAAUUAAUUCCAUCUAUCCAUGUGUUUUGUACCCUUCUUCCACGCUAGAUUUAACAUCGAACUACUCAGACCCGACGCCUUUUAUCAAAAUAAAGUUAGAUUUCGAGCUACCUGACAACUAUAACUCAACCAAGAUAAUCUUUUUAGAUAUAAUGCUACGUCCCUUCGACAUAAAUAUAGAUCGCGGGUUUUUAUUCGUUGCCUGGGCCUAUUACCAUUUAAUUGAAAAGUAUUAUAGAAAGGUUAUUACGACUUCAGAUAUCAAGAAAAUCUUGAAAACAUCCCUAAAAAUUGAACAUUUGUAUAUUCAUCCAUUAAAUGUUAACAUUUGCUUUACACUCAGGGGCGAAACAAACAUUCCCUUCCUUCACAAGAAUGCAUCUUCUAAUGAAAUUAUAGAUUUCUGUCUAGACUUUUUCGGAAGUUCGUUUGUGGAUAUAUCCAACGUCGAUGUAAAUUACUCAAAAUUGACAAUCAAAUUUAGCGAGCAAAAUAUAACGGAAUUGAUAAGCUCGAUAUUCAAUCAUUAUUUUUAUCAAAGCCUCUGGCAGUCCUAUAUAUUUGUUUUAGGACUUGAUAUUCUAGGAAAUCCUUAUACCCUUCUUAAAGAUAUUUCUAAAGGCAUCAUUGAUUUGCGUGGUAAUCUAAGGGGAAACUCCGAUUUCACUUUAAAAUUGUGUGAUCAAAUAAGGAAACAAAAGAUAACUCAAAUUUUGAAAAAACUUAAAUGUAGCAAUGAAUUGUUAGAGUUGGAGCAGCUCAAGCCCCAUAUGGGUAAUAUCAGAUUCAAUCUCGUUAAUAGAUGGGAUUUUAUGCAAAAAAUUAUGAUAUUUUUAUUACGUAUAGCAGGUAUAUUAUUGGGCCCUAUUUUAGCCAUAAGUGAAAAUUUAGCUGAAACAUUAGCCAUACUCUCCUUGGAUAAUACUUAUCAGCUCUCCCGAAAAACUCUUAUCAAUUCUUCCUCCCAUUCCAUCAGACAAAAUAUUUGUAAAUUUUUGCGUCUGUCAUUCUAUGGAACAUAUUCGGGGUUAAAAAAUGUAAUCAAUAUUUUAAAUCCAGCUCAUAUAAACCCAGCAGAUAUUCAAAAUUUUAAUAGUAAUGAAUUAUUCAAUUUAAUGCACAUCAAAUCAUCAAAUUUAAAUAUUCCAUUAUAUUUAUCAAGCUCUUGCGACAACCUGUCAUUAAAUAAAGACGAAACAUUUUCUUUAAAUUUAUUAACCAUUUACGCUAAGAACAAACAUUUCAAGAGAUCACCAAUAAAUUUAGGCGACAAUUCGAUGAAGACUUAUGCGAACCCGAUACCGAAUCGAAGAUAUUCGGAUGGCAAUCUUAAUAUCUCUCAGUGCUUAAUUCCCCUCCAUCGUAGAUCAGAGCAAACGAGUAAGCGAAUAAUGUGGUUUAGAAAUUUCCAUUAUAGGCUCGGCCAAGCCUUAUUCAAUGGUUUAGUGAUCAAAUCUAUCAUCAGUUUUUUGGAUGCUCUUUCAUUCAUUGCUUACACGACUCGGCACGCCGUUAACGUGGGUGAGCCUUUGAUCAAAAGACUUCGUUACCCUAGAGCCUCUAACCCUGUUCUGGGGGUUCCUUCAUAUGUAGGCAGCCAAGCUCUGGGUUAUUCGGCCUUUAUAGAAAGUUUUGGGCAUACCGUUGGUAUCGUCCAAAAUUGUUUUCCCAUAUUACCACCAUCCAAAAAAUCAAAAAAAGUUAACGCAAGACAGAUUGCUCAUAUUGAUUUCGAGUUCAGGAAGAUUAAAGUUAAGGACAUAUAUUGCCAUCAAAAUCUCAUCUAUUUUCUCUACAGCCUAGUGGGACAUGAUAUAAAUGAAUGGCAUGAUAUGGAGAAAAUGAUAAGGGAGCCAGCAAAAACUAAGAAAUUUUUGGAAAUAAACAAAGAGGAUCAUCUAUUAAUAUUGACUACGCAGCACAUAUUGUAUAUCACUAAAAACAAGAUUUGGGGGUAUUGGCAAAUAAAAUGGGCAGAUCAAUUGAUGCAUAUCAAAAAUAUAAUCUUAGACCAGCCAAAUAAAAUUAUACAUUACACGGCCAAAAAAUUAAUAGAAAUCGAUGAAAUGAAUGCAAAAACGAUAGACAGAAAUAUAUUAAUACCUGACCCCAAAGAUUUCACAUUAAUUUUCAACUUUAUUAAAGCUUUUGGCUGAAUUUUAUUUAUACUAGCUAUAUAUGGUAUUAUAAAAUUAAUCGAUUCCUAUCAA